UUGUUUUAAGAUUGGUGCUCUCUGUAGUUUUAAAGAUCUUAAGUCUUAGUCAUUUCUGUGGAUUUUGUGUCUGUAUAGGAUGAGCUCUCCAUUAUUGAGAAUUGGUGAGGUGGAGGGGAGGAAUUAACCGGCAGCCUCAGUCCCUUUAAGUUCAAAAGCCCAUUGAAGAUCAUUAACCUUCACCUCUUCCUUAUGUUUUUGUGCAUUGUAUUUGUGAUUCACAUGUUUGCAGGCAUGGCUCACACGUGUAUUCACUGGUUCCGCAAGGGACUCCGAUUGCAUGACAACCCAGCACUGAUGGCUGCUCUGAAGGACUGUAAGAAGCUGUACCCUGUGUUCAUACUGGACCCUUACUUCCAGAACAACACCUGCGUGGGCAUCAACCGCUGGAGGUUCCUCAUAGGAGCCCUGAAGGACCUAGACUGCAGCCUCAGGAAACAUAACUCUAGGCUGUUUGUUGUGAGAGGGAGACCAGAAGAUGUGUUCCCCAAGUUGUUCACCAAGUGGAAAGUGACCAGGCUGACCUAUGAGUAUGACACAGAGCCCUACAGCCUCCAGCGCGACAGCAAAGUGACCUCGCUGGCCAAAGAACAUGGAGUUGAAGUCCUCUACAAAGUUUCACACACGCUGUAUAAUAUAGACAGAAUAAUUGAGGAAAACAGUGGGAAACCUCCACUUACUUACAAACAUUUGCAAGCAAUAGUGAAGACUAUCGGUCCCCCUAAGAGACCAGUCUCUGCUCCAACCAUGGACGACAUGAAAGAUAUAAAGAUGCCUUCCUCAGAAAACCAUGAGAAGGAAUAUGGGAUUCCAGCACUGAAGGAGCUUGGCCUGGACACCACUACCCUUGGAGAGGAGCUGUUUCCAGGAGGAGAACAGGAGGCUCUCAGGAGACUAGACGAACAUAUGAAAAGAACUAAAUGGGUGUGUACCUUUGAGAAGCCACAGACUUCUCCAAACUCUUUGAGCCCCAGCACCACUGUUCUCAGUCCAUAUGUCACCUUUGGAUGCCUAUCAGUCAGAACCUUCUGGUGGAGACUCACAGAGGUGUAUAAGGGGAACAAACACUCAGAUCCUCCAGUUUCCCUCCAUGGCCAGUUACUCUGGAGAGAGUUCUUCUACACAGCCAGUUUGGGCAUACCUAACUUUAACAAGAUGGAGGGUAACAGUGUGUGUACUCAGGUGGACUGGGACACAAACCCUGAAUAUCUAGCUGCUUGGAGCGAGGCUCGGACUGGUUACCCCUUCAUUGAUGCCAUCAUGACUCAGCUGAGGCAGGAGGGCUGGAUCCACCACCUGGCCAGACAUGCCGUUGCUUGUUUCCUUACUAGGGGAGAUCUCUGGAUCAGCUGGGAAGAAGGGCAGAAGGUGUUCGAGGAGCUUUUAUUGGAUGGUGACUGGGCUUUGAAUGCUGGAAACUGGCAGUGGCUGUCAGCAAGCACCUUCUUCCACCAGUAUUUUAGGGUUUACUCUCCAGUUGCCUUUGGGAAGAAGACAGAUAAAAACGGAGACUACAUCAGGAAGUACCUCCCUCUUUUGAAGAAGUUUCCAGCAGAAUAUAUCUAUGAACCUUGGAAAGCUCCACGCAGGAUCCAGGAGGUAGCAGGAUGUAUUGUGGGUAAAGACUACCCACAUCCCAUUGUACAGCAUGAAGUGAUCAGCAAGAAAAACAUUCAGAGGAUGAAACUGGCUUAUGCCAAGAGAUCUCCAGACACCACAGAGUCACCUAACAAAAAGCAAGGUGUAAAACGCAAGGCUCCAUCUGUCAUCGACAUGUUCAAGAAGAAAGCAAAAGUAUAGUAAUUACAAAUCACUGUAUAUUCAGGUUUUGGUAGCUUUCCUGUACUGAGAGCUUGGUUACUGUUUUAUAUCAUUAUUACUGUUGGUUUUUACUUUUUAUGUUGUGUUUAUGUCAGUGUUUAAAAUGUGCCUUGAGUUAAAAAUAAAUCAGGUAAGAAGUAUACUUGUAUACUUACUGCACAGAGAUGAUGUUUUCUAAAGGUCAGCGUCAUCUUGUCUAAAUAUUGAGAUUGUUAUCAUGUUAAAUAGAAAAAAAAGAAUAAGGUUUGAAAGACAGUAUGCCAUGGGGAAAAUGGUUUUGAAAAAUCAAGAAAACUGGAAAAAAAGUUUUAAAUCUUGGGGAAGAUGGUCCAAAGUCUGUUUUAUUGACAUCUGGCAUUGCUUGUAUUUAUUUAUUUGUAUCAUAAAAUGGCAGUUUUGUUGACAUAUUUGCAAACUAACUGAGACAAUUUACACACGAUCUGUACAUCAGUCAUACUUCAUCAUUGUCCUGUAAGAUUACUGUUACGGUUAAUAAGAAGCAUGGACCUCAGCUUCUUUCUGCUAAUCUGGAUUUUUGUUUUUUGGGGGUGUUUUUUUGUGUGUUUUAAAUUGCAAAACAACCUGUGUGGUUAAAAUGAUAAAAACCUUGGUUUACAACCUGAAUGUGACUACACAGAGGUUUGUAUCCAAUCACAGCAUAGCAAAUAAGAGAGAACUGUUUACAGGUGAGACUGUCUUUACAUCUUGCAAAGUCUCAUGUCAUUUUCAAUCCUCACUCUUUAAUAAAAUGUCAAAAUGAAAAUUAAUAUUGUGUCUUGAGCAAUAAAAU